AUGGCAGACGCGAUAGGGACCGCCGCGAGCGUUGUCGGCCUCAUUGGCGCGCUGCUGAAGACCAUUCAAGAAAUUCAAAAAGCCCGAGAACGAGUAAAGAACGCGCCAAAAAGGCUCGACGAAAUCUCCGUGUUACUCCAAGUCACCUCGCAGACGGCUAGUCUCGUCAGAGAGGAGCCCAGGUUACAGACACCUGCGGUUAUCCAUCAGCUCGAGAUACUGAACACAAUCGCGGAGGAGCUGAAACAGCUUUUAAAAAAGCUGGACAAGAAGAGCCGGAAACACCCGCUUCGGAAACUCGCUCGUGCCGUGAGGAUACAAGAUGCGGAUGACACUGAGCUGGCCAACAUUACGAACCGUUUAUCCGAUGCCAAAGCGGAACUAGGCACUCGAAUGCUUGUCAUCCACGUAGGCCUGACGGGAAACCUAGAGGAUGGCUUCAGAGUUAUGCUCAAGGUUCUUGAGGAAAUUAACUCAAAAGUGUUCCAUGUGCUGGGUGAAAAUCUUCAUCUGAUUGACCGACUUCGAAGCAGAGGUUUUACAAUUGUUGGGAAUGGCGCUAUCUCUCUCGGGCCAGCUGAUAUUCGAUCCUUGCAAUUGGAAGACGAGCUCCCAUCCCAACAGCACCUCUCCGGUGGCAGUCAUGUAUUGAACUUGCCGGAGUUCGGCGACUCCGGGUUUCUCUCCAACCUGUCUUCCAUCCAUCCCAAUCUAAACACAGCAUCUCAACACCACUUUGGAUACCAGAGCUCGGCAAAAUCUUUCAACUCUAGCAGACUUGCUAGUGAUCUGCAGGAACAAAAAGGAAAGCCGUUUAUCUUCGUCGACGAUGAGACUGGGCUCGGCCAUUCCAUGUUCUCAUUGUCGGUUCUUACGCCUGUUAGGUUUGAUCGAGCGGAUAUCACGGCUUACUUCUUUUGCAAAGAUCCUCAAAACGAUCCAAUAUCACCCAUCACAACGUCAACAAUCCUCGGUGGAUUGGCCUACGUCUUGCUUCGGUAUUCCGAUGGACCGGAGCUUCUGACGCGAAUGAACUGCACCUUUGGGCACGAGCUCAAAAUAUCUAGAGCCGAAGUCUCCCGAGCCGGCUUAUUCCAUCGCAUGCUAGCUUCAGGCAAGCUCCUCAGCAAAGAAGAGUCACCGGUUGUGGCGUUCUUCUCCUUUGCGACAUUCGAGGCCGGCGCGAAUCAGUCACCAACAUCUGGUCGUGAGCAAAUGAAUCAAGCACAGGUUAUUUGGUGCAUUGUCGCACAGCUCCUUCGCGGGCAAUUUGGGCCCGAGUCUUCGCUCGCUGAGAUUCUUGUGCGGCUUUCUCCAACAGAAAGAGAAGCUCUCAAUUCAAUCUGCUCAGCCUUCGGGGAGCCAGAGAGUUCCUUCAAGCCCAGUGCUAACGGCGACGAUCCUGCUUCGCCUGUGCCGGAAACGAUCACUUCCUGGUAUUGUCAAAUCAGAGGUCUCACUCGGGAUUAUUUUUCAAAGGUUGCUACCGUCAUGAGCGCUUGUCUGGAGGAUAUCAGGAAGGAUGGCAAAUGCGUCGUGCUGAUUCUCGACGGUCUCGAGCUUCAAUCCCAGAGUGCUCGUAUGAGACUGCUUACAUGGAUCGCCAAGCUUGGCCAUGGUGUCAGAGCUCUCCUUUGCAUUGAUGAUACUCGCAAAGACAGCACUGGCGUCGAGUCAAGAGAGGCGGAGGUCAUGUCGAAUGCUCUCAUUGUGGACGAAACUACGGAGUGGCGAGAAUGCAUUGAAAGCCUGCGGUUCGAUGGCAUGCACCAAAGGCGUGAUCAAGUCGCAGAUCCGCUGCCUGCCACCAACCAGUGGCUCUGGGAAACCGAAGAGUUCCAGGAGUGGAGAUCUUCUGGUAAAAUCUUGUGGAUUAUGGGUAAAGCGGGAAGCGGCAAGUCGGUUCUAGCGAAGAACAUCCAACAACGUCUUCAAAGGGAUGUUCCACACGGCGAUUUCAAUGACGAUCCGUUCGUAUGUGACUGGUUUUAUUCAGCCCGAGGGCCUGACUUUGAAGCCAAAGAUGCUUCAAUGCUGCGCGCUCUGACUUUCAACAUCCUCAGCUCAAGCAAGACGACGUUCGAACCUGCGACAUCUAUCUAUCGGGCAAGAUUUGAUGCUGGACGGCAGGAUGACGACUGGUUGCAGUCGGAGCUGUCAGACCUUUUCACGACACUCGCGCUCAGCCCUUCAACGCCCCGAACACUUGCAGUGGUAGACGCGUUAGACGAGUCAGAGAGCGUGACGGGACCAUCAGGUCUCAAGUCGACGCACCAAAGUUUCAACUUGUUGCAGAUGUUUACGGGAAUUGCAAGUUCCCGGAACAGCCGCGUCCGCUUCGUCUUGCUCAGCAGGCCUGAGUCCGUCAUCUCCAAAAGCCUGAGCAACUGUUUAAAGAUCAAGAUGGAGCAGUACAACAACCGGGAUAUUUCCAUCAUGAUUGAAGGCGGUAUCGAGAAACUUCGAGUUGCCUGGCGAGAUGCCCUCUCCUCCGACUCCGACCAUGACGACCUGGCGGAUUUCUCCGAGGACCCUGACGCCUCAACUGACUCGCAGCGUUACGAGAGUCAGUCUCCCAAUGACGACCUAGAUAUACAAGAGGAAACAUUAGGCAAAAUACGUGCGUACUUAGAAACUCAUGCUAAUGGCGUGAUACUCUGGGUCAUCCUGAUUAUUCGACAACUUUUGCUCUUGAUUGAGGACGAGAAACUGUUUACAACCCAGGAUUUGAUGGACUCGCUUAUUGCAUCGCCGCCAGAGGUUGAAGAACUCUACAUUAGAUUUCUCGAAGGUCUCAAGGGUUCCAGCCGCAGCGGAGAGUUUUACAUUGAGGCAGCAAGAGCCGAAGAAAUGGUCACGAACCAAGCCUACCGUUACCUUGGCAUCCGUGCCUCAUCACCCGGACAAUUAUCUUGCCGAAGCGCCGCAGAAGGUGAGAGGGACCCAAUUCUGGCGCUGGAACUGGCCGUGGCACCUCUGCUUCAAGAGUCGUUGAAAAUAAGCUUGCCCACAACUCGGCAAUACACAAAGUCAGAGAAGCGGCCGCUCGCGAAGUUCGCCCUAGACGUUAUACUGAAACUGGAUAGCCAUUUCAUGGCUCGCAGACCUGUGCUUUAUCCCAACAUUUCCGGGCACGAGCCUGGAAUCGUUCAUCUUCUUCUGCUGCGUAAGGGGCCAAACGGAGGCUUUGAAGACUUUUACACUGCUGAAGGAUGA